GAGCAUGCGUCUCUACUGAAAGACUUGUGCUGUAAGCAAUGAGAAGUGUGUGCUUGUGAUGCCCUCGCACUUUUAUCUGUUGCAAUAGAUAUUUGUUUCUCCCCUCCUCUUAUAUUUAGAUUGUUAUCAAUAAUAUACGAAAUGAACGUACAGGAGCCGAACGAAAAAUAAAUGAAAAACAAAAACUUCUUGCAUGGUAUGAAAACACAAAACUUGAUAUGGCGAAUGAAGAACAUUUUUCUCAUGGAAAGGAAGAGAAAAUACAUCAAGACACUUUAAAAAAAUUGGUUGAUCAUUGUGGUUAUUUGAAUUAUCAUCAAUGUGUCGAUUUAAUGAUUGAAAGUGUUCGUUUAGCCGUAUCACGUUAUGAACAUGAAAAAGCAAAGGCUGAUUUAGAAGAAAAUACACAGAAUUUUAAUAAAAUUCAACUUGAAGGAGUGACAAAGCAAAAUGAAAUGAAAAUAAGUGAAAUUGAAACUCGAAUAUGGGCACGAAUAAUAACAGAAUUAUUUGAGAUACCAUUACCAGGAAAUUUGUCGCUAUUUAUGAAUCAAAUACUUGGUCAAAUAAAAUUGGUUUUUCACAUGUAUCCGGAAGACAAAAUAUUAUCUAAAUUACCAAUUAUCUCAUUAACAAAUACGGAUCAGGGUAGAAUCGCAACAAAUAAAACAUCAGCACAACUUCAGAUCAUUACUUUCGAUGAUGGAUUAACGUUAUCUGAGGUGCUUCAUGAAUAUCAAAUACAACAAACAAUGUUAGUUGAGUUACAAUCUCAUUACCGAGAAAUAGAAUUACAUAUGCAUCAGUAUCAAAUAGCAGCUGAGAAUGCUAAACAGAAAUGGUUGAAUCAAGUGAGAAUAUUACUUUUGGCGAUAAAUGAAAGUGCGGUUAAAUUUUUCAAUGCAAUGGGUCUUAAUGUAGAUAUAUGUUUAUAUAUACCUGAAAAUGAUUUAUUUUUUAUACAAAAAGGAAAAAUACUUAUCAGUUUUGAUAAAGUUAAUAAACGUGAAAUGGAAGACAAGUUUCAAAAAGCUUGA